AACCUAACCAAAAGGUGUAGUAGCGGAAAAUGGCCAAAAAUAGGGAUCCUCGUCGAGCUUCGCAAUCCUAUUCGAUCUUGAGCUCGAAAAGCAAUCAUUAAUUCGUUCCUCGUUCCCCCGAACCACGAAAAAUCUCUCAAACGCUUUUCGUCAAUUUCUAAAAAAUUAUGACAGCUCAAGAAUCCGCGAGAUUAAGAUACUCGCUUCAAAAUUCGCCGUUGAGCAACGUGUACCUCCGAAUAAAGCCAAAAUCCCACGUGGAUGCUGAAGAAAAUUAUAGUGUCCUGAACUCGACAUCCAUGAUCGUUAAAAAAGGCGACAGCGUGGAGAGAAAAUUCAUUUUCAAGAAGAUCUUCGAGCCCCAUUCUUCGCAGACCGAAGUCUUCGAUCAGUGCACUCGUCAGCGAGUUAUAAAUCUUCUCUCUGGUCAGAGUUCCUCGAUCAUAGCUUACGGAGCUUCCGACUCUGGGAAGACGUAUACCUUAUACGGAACACCAGAUUGGCCUGGGAUCAUCCCUCGGUCCAUCGAGUUCAUUUUCUCAGCAAUAAACUGUAGCCUUGUACCUUGGUACAAGAUCACAGACGACAAUCAAGUAGUCAGUUUGAACAACGAAGAAAAGUCUGAAGAGAUUCGGAACAAGCUCAAAUUGAUCAACCCUGACGUCAUCGAAAAAGAAGAAUACGCUCAGGCUAGAUUAUCUUUGGAUAACUCUGUGCCUGAGAUCGUAGAGAUCGAAGAGAGGGAGCCGUUUGGCAGUGACGGGAUCUUUUCCGUUUGGUUGUCAAUAACUGAGAUCUACAAUGACAACGUAUACGAUCUCCUGGCUGUCGAUCAUCAAGCCAGAAGAUCCUUGAAGCUGAGCACUCGCAGGGAUGGCUCCACGUACGUGAAAGGCUUGAAUUUUGUCAAUGUGACUACAGGAUUAGAGGCCUGUCAACUGCUGAUCCUUGCGCAGUCUAGAAUGACAGUGUCAGUGAUCGGAUCCAAUGAGACAAGCUCUAGGUCACACACGUUCUUCGUGAUCAGGUUGCUGAGGUACCAGAAGGAGAACGCCAAGAACGAAGUAGCGGUAAGCACACUAACAUUCUGCGACGUGGCUGGCACAAGUCGCUGCAGAAGCAGCAGAGAAGAUGUUGUCGCUUCUACAGAGUCCAAAAGCAUAAAGAACAGCCUGCUGGUCUUCGGGAGAUGUUUGAAAAGUGUUCGGGACAGUUACUCGAAUGGCGAUCAGGCUGUUGGACCGUUUCGCGAGUCGAAGUUGACGAGAGUCCUCCAGAAAGCGCUGACAGGCAAGGAGAACCUCACCUUCAUCGUCACCAUCGACACAGCCGAUCAGUUCUUUUCUGAAACGUUGGGGAUCUUGAACAACUCUGUGAUCGUGAGAAAGAUAGAAUCAGAUUCAAAACGUGGACAGUUGUCGGAGUUGACACCGAGAAGUCUGAAAGCCUAUCUGAUGCCGAUCAUCGGCGGAACGCCAAGGAAAGCUAUCACGGUUGAAGAAUACGAGGCACUUCAACGUCGUAAUGACGAUUUAUUCGAAGAAUUGAAGGAUCUGAAGAAUUCUCGAUCGGAAUGCUUCAGGAAUAAUAGGCGAUUGCAAGAGGAGAAUGAUAAGCUGAUAGAGACGCUAGAAAACAUGAAGUGCGACCGCUUAAACCGAGAACUAGAAAUCAGAGACGAACUGGUCAAUCAAUAUUCGAUUGUGAUCGAGGAGAUAGAGGCUUCCUGGAAGAAACGCGUGCAGGAUAUCGAGGACGAGAGCAGGGCCUUGUUGAAGAAGUCUGUGAGUCAGGCAGAGACGUUCUACAGAGAACGAAUCGACAGCAUAAUGCGGAGCAAGAAGCGGAAGAGACGCGAUAGCGGCGACAACGAAGAAUCGUUGUCGUUUUACGAUGAACUGGAGACGGAGAACGCGCUGGUCACCUCGAAAGUGGUUCUGAUGAAAGAGACGGUGAAGAACCUGAAGAAGGAGAACGAGAUGCUGAGCAGCGACAAGCUCAGCAGCAGCUUCGAGCUGUCCUUGCUUAAGGAAGAGCUGAAAGAUCUGCGUGGCUCCUUGCAGAGAUUCUUCCCUGAAUUGUUCAAGGACGUCCAGCACGAGAAGUUCGAUCUGUGCAGGGUCGUCGAAAAGCUGAAGCUGUUGUUCGACAGGAAGAAAAAAAACAUCGAGACUCUGGAAAAGAACUUGAACGAGUCGAACGAAAAUUGUGUCACACUGAUCGCCGAAUCUUCGAAAAAGGAAGAGGAGCUGCGGGAGGCCCAGAUCCUGUCAAAGGUUCUCGAGAACCAGCUGCAUGAAACCAGGACUCUGGUAGAUAGCCUGAAGUCUCAACUGCAGUUGCUGAAGGAGUCCAUGUCGAGCUGUAACAAGCUUCGUGGAUUCUCUUCGUCGUCGGUGAGCGACUUCUUCUGCAGCGAAGACGUCUCUACACCGGAAUUGACGACACAAGCACACGUGGACACCAAGUUAGACCGUUACUUUGAUUAUGAGAGCAUGAUGACCUCGAGGAAGAUGCCCCCGGAUGAUUCAGAGGCAGACAUGAUCCUCAGGUUCAGCGACGGCAGCGCAAAAGAGGACUCCGGCAUCGAAUCCAGCCACAGGAGUCGGGGAUCGACGGGUGUCGGUGAUAGUCCUCCGGUCCAGGAAGUCAAGGAACAGUACACGCAGACGCUCGAGGAUGACUUUGGCACGAUGGAGCAACGGAUGGAGCAGCUGAAGAUCGAUUAUGAGAAGCUGGAGGCGCAGUAUUCCGAAGAAAAGGCGUGCGUCGUGGAGCUGUCGCAACAGUUGGACUCUUUCAAGGCUGCUGUCGAGACUGUCAAUGGGAUUCUGGAUGCGAACGAUGCUAAGAAAGACUGUCCGACAGCGGCCAACAAGGGAUCACACGAGAUUCAAAUAUCAGCAAUUCCGAAAGAGUUGGAGACUUGGACGAAGCGCAUCGCCGAGUAUGCAACAAAAAUCAAGAGCCUGCAGACGGAAUUGUCGGAGAAGAGUUUGGAGAUUGCAAGUAAUAAUGAGAAGCUGAAAAAGAUGCAGCAAUACACGAUCGACGAGUACGAAAAUUUUACCGAAGAGUACAGGGAAGUGCUGAGAAAGAUCGAAUCGAAUUGGAGGAGCAAUUUCGAGAUCGCGGAGCUCGGUAUGAAGGACAUCAACAGGAUGGCGGAGAAAUUGGAGCAGAAUUCAAAAGCGAUAUCCAUCGAUUGUUUGCUGUUUCGUAAAUUGGUUAAGCAACUUAGUCGAGAGAUCGAAAAGAAACAGGAAUGGAUCGACAGUUUAAAUCAGAGGUUACAGGAGAAAGAAAGGAAACUGUGUUCGCUGAAGAAACACAAAGAUUUGGUGGUAAAGAAGUAUGAACAUCUGGUCAGACAGCUGAGAAUUGAAAUCGAUAAAAAAAAGGAAAAGUUACUGAGACUAGAGAAAUUCUUCGCGUCGAAUGCUACGGAAGGAUAUUCGAAAUUUGUUAAUUGGAAACUGAGGAAAGCCAAGGUCUACCAUUUGAACAGAAGCUCCAAGAAUAGGUCGCUUUUUUGGCUAUCUCAUAGCAGGGAAAGAAUGCAAAAUGUAAAGUGUUUGUCGAUGAAAUCAUGGUCGGUAAGUUCACAGCUAUGCGAAACAUACUCGGAGUCGCAAGCUUCGGAGCAAAAGGAAAUCUGUGAUUGCAACCGCACUUACUGUUCGGAGCAGUCGAGUUCGACAGAAGGCAGUUCAGGACUGAACAACUCGAACGCAGAAGACGCGCGUCAGACGCAGAGCGACACCACCGACUGUUCUGAAGUGCUCUGUAAAUGCGGUAUUGGCUUCCGAGAUCCAGGAAGACUCCGAAGAAUGUCGGGCUGGAUGAAAGUUCGAAGAAUGAACGCGAGAACGGAACUAUCGUGUCAACCUGACAAGAAACGUGAUUGCGUUAACACCAGCGAUUCGGAAACUGACGUUGCAGAACGGUGCUUCGUGGGACUAAACGACUAUGCAGUGAUUUAGGAGACUGUAGAUAACCGCAUUUGUCUCAGAUUUUCGUGAAUCUAUACAAUUUCCAUUAUCUUGACUCACGUUCCAGCUGUCUGUUUCUUCUUCGUUCCAUUAUUGCAAUUUAGAAACAAUUUCAGUCCUUCGUUACGUAUCGUUACGCACAUUUUCGUUUUAACAAGUUCAAACUAUCGACAUAUUUCUUUAGUGUUUUCUCAAAUACAGAUGCUGUAAAAUAUUCAAAUAAUAAUUUCAAUACGUCAUUUUCGUCCAUCGUAUCGUCUUUGAAAUAGAGUGGUUAUUCAAUGCUUCAACUAAAUUAAGAACACUGGAGUAUUGACUUUGAGUGACAGAGUGUUUAGUUCUUUAAGUAAAUUAAGAAGUUGUCUUAGAAGAGAUUACUUCCUGUUAAGUGUUACUCUAAUGUUGAUUUUCUCUUAAAAUAUAGACUUUGAGAGACAAAGAGUGUCCAAUUCUUUAAGUACAUUAAUAAAUCACUCCCUUUUAAGUGUUAAA